AAUAGUAAUGUGACAACAUUGUUAAAUAAAAUCUACUGUAAAAAACAUUAACAGAAAAUUUAGUGCAUGCUUUGAAAAUCGAUAGCCAGCCAAAUUACACGGUUACACCUCUACAUUGAGAGAUAAGAAAAGAUAUUCAUUUUUUUUUUUUUUUUUUUUGACGAGAUAUUCAUUUUGUUUUAAUUAAACGGAAAGGAAGAUAUUUUUUUUUUAUUUUUUUAUUUUUGAAUACAGAAAGAGGGAAGGAUAUUCAUAGAAAACAAUUUAAUGGUAAUUAUAAAAUGUGACAAAGCUAAUUGACUAAGUCAUCAUUUUCAUAAAUCUCAACAACAACAAAGAUUAAAAACAGUGAUAACUUUAACCAAGUCAUUUUAUCUCCAUCUUCUUCGGUUAUAAAGACUGUUUCAUAUCACACACACAAAAAAAACAACAAAUUAUAUCAUUGAUUUUGUUUCCAGAAACUCUCUUCUCCUUGUAUUUUUAAACUUUUGUAAGGCCUGUAAGGAGGUUUGGUAAAAUGACCCUUAAGAGUGGCACCAACCAAGCGUGCGCCGCGUGCAAACACCAGCGGCGGAAGUGUGCACCGACGUGUGUUCUUGCCCCCUACUUCCCUGCUGAUCAGCAUAAGGUGUUUCUGAAUGUUCACAAACUCUUUGGAGUUAAGAAAAUUCAGAAACUACUACAUGAGCUACCCCCAAGCAUACAUGGUGAAGCAAUGACCUCUAUCAUUUACCAAGCAAAUAUGCGGGAUCGUGACCCGGUGCAUGGAUGUCUUGGAGUGAUUUAUGCUUUGGAAAAUCAAUAUUGGCAGUGUGUGGCAGAGCUUUUUGAUGUCCAGUACAUGCUUAAUGUAUUCCGCCAGCAACAUGAAGAGCAGCAACAGAUGCCAUCAGAUGGUUUUCCGAAUGAAGACUUUGAUGGGGCGUCACAAAUACAACUGGGGUUGGCGAAUAUGGUGCCAAUUUCCCAGAGUCACUCGUUCUCGAGCAGUAGUAGUCCUUGUAAUCCUACUUUUCUUGACGUCAAAGAAACACUGGUGAACUCCUUGUGGAACCAACAAGGAGAAGUUAAUGAUUGUAAGAACAGUGAGGAUGAGAAAAUAAUGCCUGCACAGUCAAAGUUGGUGGUCACUCCAGAACCACGGGCUGUUCAGAAGGAAUCCUUUCAGGAUUACGACAACAUGCAUCCGUAUUUUGACACCAUUGAUGACAGACAAUCAUAUGUUGACACUAAGGAAGCAUAUGAAUCAAGGUAUAUAACAAAUUACAUACUGUAUAAUAUAAUACAUAUAACAUUCAUAUGUUAAUGAAAAAAAAUGCUAGAAACAUUGCAUAUAGAAUAGGAAAGAACAGAAUGGCAAAAUCUAUGCCAGCAGAUGAAAGAACUCUUUUCGUUUUUACUUUUCCAGCUAAUAUCUUUUGCUGAAUGUGUAUACGCAGAAAUUGCAGAUCAAAAUCAUCGGCAAAAACAACAGCAAAGUGCAACCAGCGUUUUGCUAAGAAAAAAUUUAUGAGAGCUGCUAUCAUCUAAUGAUAUUGAUAAGCACAAUUUUGAACUGAGAACAUUUUUUUGAGUCUUUUUCUUCUAUAGUCGGGUAAAUUUUUCGCAAUUCUUUAUUCAGUUCACACUUGUUAUAAUGUGUAUGAUAAAACUAUACUCAUUACAUAAGCAAUAAUAAAAUGAAAUGAAAAGAGUUUAUGGCCUUUAUGCUGAAAGUGUUAUCUUCUACUUCCUCCUCAUCUAG